AACUCUUCUCAAACCCUAAAAAUCCAUUCUUUUUUUUUAUUUUCUUGAUAUCCUCACCCGUCACCAUCUCCUUCUUCUUCUUCCCAAAGCCAUGAAAAAGCCCCACAGAAAACCAACUGUUCAUCCCACUCCGCCAUUGUCAGACAAGCUAGCUUUCUUGCCAGCUGCAAUCUUGGCCAUCUCAGCCUCCCUCUCCAAAGAUGAACAGGAAGCCCUCGCUUACCUCCUCUCCUGCCCUUCCGGGAACUUCAACAAGAAAUCCCCCGACGCCGCCUGCGGCGGCGGCGCCGACCACCCGCCCUUCUUCGGCUGCUACUGCUUCAACUGCUACAUGAGCUAUUGGGCGCGGUGGGAUUCUUCCCCCAACCGCCACCUCAUCCAUCAGGCCAUUGAUGCUUACGAAGAUGGGUUGCAGAGAAAGAAUGAGAAAAACAGGGGAGGGAAGAAGAAGGGCGGAAACAGAGAUUCUUGUGGUUCUUUCAGUAACAAUGAGUCAGGGGAGGAUCCCGGCGCGGCGAAUCCCGCGGAAGAGAGUGCCGGCGGCGGCGGCGCCGGUGAUGGGUGCGGCGAGGAGAGGGGGGCGGUGAGGAGUUUCGUGAGUUUUCUUGGAGAGAAGAUCCGAAAUGUUUGGAAUUGAAGGAGAAUUGUUUUGUUGUUUUCUUGGAUUCCUGAUUUUUGCUGUGAAACCGACGGCGGAGCUCCGGUGAGUUCAACGGCGGAGGCCCAACUUCCGGUGGAAAAAAAAUCUUCUUUGUUAUUUUUCUGUUAAAUCGCAGAUUUCUUGAAAUCUUCCUUCUUAAUUGUUCAUGCUCUGUGAUGAUUGUGAUGAAUGAAGAAAGAGAAUUGCUGGAGAAGUUUUCUUGAA